CUUUGCUCAGUUUUCCCCACCGGAUAGAGAGAACCUGUGCGUCCGGAAGCCCCUCACAUCCCUGGCUGGCUGGCUGUGUGGUUGGGUGGAGAUCUCUCGAGAUCUGCGCGUCGCAGCCGGCGAGCCCCUUUUCUGCUAGCCCCUACAAUAGACCAAUAGCUUGGGCCGCGGCCCCCGCUUCCCCAGAAUGGCGUUGCUUGCGGCGGGGGCCUCCUGGCGUCCCCAGGCCUCUGGCUGGGUCCCCGUGGCACCUGCCUCUGUGGGGCCGUGAGGAGCCGUCCAGCGAUCAGCCUGAUGAAAGGAUCAGAGAACUAUCAUUCCUAUGUGCGCAUUUGUAUUUAAGAUAGUAAGUGUCCGGACACUGUUGAAGACACCAGCGGUGCUCCCACCAGAACAGAGACACUAGCAGAGGGCCAAGCCUUCAAAGACCUCAGGGACUUCUCUCAGUACCCACAGAAAUCUCCUACACCCUGGCGAUGACACGUAGGGACUUUUUCUCGCUCUAUGUCUGAACGACUGCCAAGAAGGAAGGCAAAGGUAGAACGGUUGGAUCUCUGGCUCUCCCCGUAGCUUCUAAUCUCAGACCCUAUUAAACUCCUUUCUGAACCCAAGGACAAAGCUCACUUGAACAAAUGAUUUUGAGUCAUGAAUGAAAAAUCUUGCUCUUUCCAUAAUGAGAAAGAAUUAAAAAAUGGACAGAUUGAAGGUGUGUCUGCUGGGUACUCUCCACCAUGUGACAAGGACAACAGCGCUCUUCUGGCAUUCCGAGAAAUUCCUAUCUCACAGUUGAAGAACCACCGCAUCCUUCAGGCCCUGACAGCAGAAGCCUGUGGAUGGACGCCAGGAGUUGUGAGCACGGAGGUGCUCAGAGCCCAAGGAGAAUGGGAAGCCGUGGACAACAUCCAGCCAGAGACAGGGAGCCAAACCAGCUCAGACCAGCCUGGACAGCUCAUCUCCUUCAGUGAGGCCCUGCAGCAUUUCCAGACUGCUGACCUCUCCUCCUUCAAGAAAAGAAUCCAACCAACAAUCCGACGGACUGGGCUCGCUGCCCUCCGGCACUGCCUCUUCGGGCCUCCAAAGCUCCACCAGGGCCUCCGUGAAGAAAGGGACUUGGUCCUGACCAUUGCUCAGUGUGGCCUGGAUAGCCAAGACCCAGUGCACGGCCGAGUCCUCCAGACCAUCUACAGGAAGCUGACAGGCUCCAAGUUUGACUGUGCCCUCCUCGGAGAUCACUGGGAAGAUCUGGGCUUUCAGGGAGCAAAUCCAGCCACAGACCUGAGAGGAGUGGGCUUCCUCGCCCUCUUGCAUCUGCUGUACCUGGUGAUGGACGCAAAGACCUUGCUGAUGGCCCAGGAGAUUUUCCGCCUGUCUCGUCACCAUAUCCAGCAAUUCCCCUUCUGCCUGAUGUCCGUGAACAUCACCCGCAUUGCGAUCCAGGCCUUAAGGGAAGAGUGUCUCUCCAGGGAGUGUAAUCGGCAGCAGAAGGUGAUCCCAGUGGUGAACAGCUUCUAUGCCGCCACCUUCCUCCACCUCGCUCAGGUCUGGAAGACGCAGCAGAAGACCAUCUUGGACUCAGGCUUUGUCCUCAAAGACUUGGAAGCGUUGGCCAAGAAGAGCCCAAGGCGGCUGCUCAAGACCCUGGAGAUCUACUUGGCCGGCAUAUCGAAGGGACAGGCCUCCUUGUUGGCAGCGCAGAUGUGCUAUAGGGCACAGGUCCCUCGCUCCAAGGAUCUCACUUUCACGGGCGUGUGUGACCUGCCCCCGCCCUCCUCCGAAGGCACACGGCUGAGCUGACCAACCUGAAGCUGGCUGGCUGAGGGACUGCAAGGCUGGGCUGCCGGCAGGCCAUGUCAGGAGCGCCCUGCCUGGGCCAGGCCCUUCCCAUCUCAGCAGAAGGGAUGUAGGCAGCUCCCCGGGCUGGUCAGAGGAGCCGAGGACACAUCGGGCAUUCAGACUUGACCCACUCCCUACAGAUCUGCCUCCGAGCAAGAACUUUGCUGGAACCUUCGUUGGACCACAGGUUACCAAGUUGGGUUCCAGGUCAUCUUGAUGAGAGUGAAAGGAUCAUGAGGUGGGAGAGCCCCAUCUGGAUGUUCACACAUCCCCACGUUGAAGGACAUUCCUAAGCAGGGCUUUCAGGCCUGUGCUGGCCUUAACAGGGACCAGACAGGAACACAGGGUAGUUAGAAUUUGAAGGGAGAAGCUAGCAGUUGCAGCAGCCAACAGAGGGCAGCAUGAACCAGACCAAGCCGCCCAAGGCUGCAGCUGGGCUGGCUUCACUCUCCUCCAUCCAGCAGGCCAGUACCUGGGUCCCCCCUGGGGUUUCUGGCCUUGUAUUUAACCCACUCUACUAUCCCCCACCUCUCCUCCCUGCCUUGUGUCUCCACUGCUGCCCAGCCGCCUCCCAGCUGGGCUUCCCCGUGGAGCCUGUGCAGUUCCCAUCAGAGAUGGUUUUCUAGUCUGGCUGAGGGAAGGAGGACGUUCACACAUCAGCAGUUACUGAAUAAAAGAGUUGUUCUGGGA